UCGUUUAUUUUAUUUAUCCGCCCGCCGACCGCGAGGUAAAGCUGCGGCCGCUUCUCUUCUCUCUCUUCCCGGACCUCCCAGACGCUCCCUCCCUGUCUGGCAUCGCUGCUCGCCUGCUCACUUCGUUUCGAGGCUGCAUUUGCGAGCUCACCUCGCCUUGCUCGCCUCCACUCCCCCCUCCACUAGCCAUUCCGUUCAUCUCCCAAGGCCAAGAAGACCGGUCCACGAGACAAGACGCCCGCCACACCACCCAACCCGCUUGUCCUCUUCCUUCCGCGUCGGACGAGGCCACGCACAUGGCGCUGCUGCCUCUGCCACCCCUCUUCCUCCUCCUGCUCCUGCUGGGAAUGCUCGCCUCCCGGGCGCCGGCGCAGCCAGCCACGCUGCACGAGCGCGACGCGGCGGCGCUGCGAGACCUCCGCGCCAGCCUGCGCGACCUCCCGGGCUCCCGCUUCUUCGACACCUGGGACGACGCCCGGAGCCCCUGCGCGUACGCCGGCGUCGUCUGCGCGCCCGACGGCGAUUCCUCCUCCACGCCGGCCGUCCUCCGCGUGUCCGUGCUCACCCUCGGCACGGGGCUCGCCGACUCCCCGGGUCUAGCCGGCGCACUCCCGGACUCCCUCUCCACGCUCGCCGCGCUCACGGACCUGGUCCUGUACCCAGGCCGCGUGACGGGCCCCAUCCCGUCGGCCCUCGGCGCGGGUCUCCGCCGCCUGCGUCUCCUCUCGCUGGCGGGCAACCAGCUGACGGGCGCCGUGCCGGCCUCCCUCGCGGGGCUACCCGACCUCCACACGCUCGACCUCGGCGGGAACCGCCUCGACGGCGCCGUCCCGCCGGGGCUGCUCCUGCCGGACUCGCCUAGCCUCAAGGUGCUCAUCCUCGCCAACAACGGCGGGAUCUCCGGGGAGAUUCCCGCCGGGUUCGCGAGCUCCGGGCUGUUCCACGUCGACCUCGCCAGGAACGCGCUCGCUGGGGGAUUACCGCCGCUGCCGGCCACGUUGCGGUACUUCUCCGUCGCUGGCAACGCAAUGCAGGGCACACUCGACGAGGCCUUUGGUGGUGGUGGUGGCGACGGCUCUGCCACUGCCAGUCCACCACCACUUCUGGCCGACCUGGCGUUCCUGGACCUGUCCAUGAACAACUUGUCGGGCAGCAUCCCGGCGUCGGUGUUCGGUCUCCCGAGCCUGUCGUCGCUGCUCCUGUCGAGGAACAACUUCACGGGCGCGCUGUCCGUGCCGCCGCCGUCCCCGGAGCAGCAGUGGGCGGUGGUGGACGUGAGCCACAACGGCAUCCCGGGCGAGGUCCCGGAGGCGCUGGCGGCGGCGGGGAGCCUGUACGUGAACAACAACCGGCUGUCCGGGGAGGUGCCCGCGGCGGUGGCGCGCAGCGUGCUGGCGGGGCGGAUGACCACGCUGUACGCGCAGCACAACUUCCUGACGGGGUUCCCGGUCCCGCCUGCCGCGCCGCUGCCGGACUCCGCCGCGCUCUGCCUGUCCUACAACUGCAUGGAGCUGCCGUCGGCGUCGGCAGCCGACGGGUGUCCCACCAUUGGUGGGCCUCUCGAGGCCAGGCCCGCCGAGCAGUGCAACGGAGGCGGCGGCGACGGCUGACGGGCUGAGUCCCCGGACGGACGGGGGUGACAGGACAGGUGGGGGCGCGCCCGCUCGCGCCACGGCACGGCACCCCGGCAAGUCCACGGGCGGCGGUGGUUGGCGCCCUCUCGUCUGGUCUUGGGGACGGACACGGACACCAGGCUGGGUGGGGGGCUGGAGCCGUGACCUCGCUCGCGCAGUCGCGUCUCUGCUUUGUCCGCUUGUUUAGCUUGUAAUAAUGUAACCUGUAGGAUUGUGUAGAAGACCAGAUCUUGGUUCUCACCAUCGGCUCCUGAUUGUAAUCCUACGAUGUAAGAUUGUUUGUUACUGGUUUCUUAAAAAAAAAAGAUUGUUUGUUACUGACGCAUGGCUGAGAGCCUCCAGUUUAUAUGCAGUAAAGUUUGAGCUUA